AGAAAGGAUAUGCAAUUUAAAAGUGUGCAGCAGCGGGGUGGUUUUACCGUGAAGCGCUGUCCGCUUGCACAGUAGCCACGUUGAGGGCGGAGCUGCUGGUCGUCUAGCAACGGACCCGGGGGCGGGGCGUCGGUUUUUUUUUUAUCUCACCCCUCUCCCUCGGCCUGCAUCCAUGGGGCCGGAGCCGGGCUCGCGGACGGCGCUGCUGGAGCUGAAGCCGGGAGGAAACCCGGAGGAAGGCAACUGGUGCGUUCUCGAGGCGGGGCAUCAGUGCACGUGGGAUGCAAUUUGAGGGAGUUGACGUGCAAAGAGAAACAGGGUGCGGGGAGGUCGGUUCUGAACUGAGGCGUGGGCCCCCUGGAUCCGCUUCAGCCUACCUGGAAGGGGCAGCCAUCGAUCAGGGAGCUUUCUCUCUCCUGUGCCCCCCAGCAGAGGGGAAUAGCCUUUCAAAGGGAGUAUUAACUUGCGGAAGAUGACACGCAAUAUGCAGUCAAACUCUGCUUGCGGCCAGAGGCUUAAAUUAAUAAUAGUCCUUCCUUUACAAGAUUCUGCCUCCGAUAUUUACUCCUGCCUCCAAUUUUAUAGAGGAUUUCUUGCACGCCAUUCAUUUCUGCUGUUGCUUUCCUAGGUUGAAUUUUAGACCGUACGCUCCGCGAGGCAGGGCCCUGAUCUCCUGCAGCCCUGUCAAAUGGUCUGCAUGCAUCAGAGAGAAUUAUUGCAUUAUUGUACUAAUGAAAAUGCAUAAGUAAAUACUUAAAGAAAGAAAGAAAGAAUUACAGUAUUGUGUUUUGUAAAGAAAAAUCCAAUAAAAGGGGGAAGACAACACCUACAAUGUUCUAAUGCUGCUUUUGACAGGUUUUUAUAUUAAUUGUAUUGCCAUGUUUAUUUUAUAUCCCAUCUUUUAUUCCAAGCUGCUCAAGAUGGCCCUUAUCUUGUUCUCCUUCUUCCCACUUUAUGCUCAAAACAACCCUGUGAGGUAGGUUAGGCUGAGAGAGAAGUGGCUGACUCAAGGACACCCAGUGGGCGGAAUGGCUAAGUGCAGAUUUGGAAUUUGGUUUCACAGACCCCUAGUCCAACACUCAAACCACAACACCGCACUUACAUUUUGAAUUGUAGUGUGGGGUAUGGAUCUUGUUUAUCGCUGUAGGGGGUGGCGACCCUGGUAAUUUAUUUAUUGGUAGUAUUACCUUAUGAUUGUGUUGUGGCUCUUUCUUUUGAAAUAUGCAAACCUCAGUUAAGAAGUAAAUUUUAAAAAUGUUGUGCACAUCAACCUCCCCCAACCCCAGUGCCCUCCAGAUGGUUUAAAGAACAAUUCUCGUUAUCCUCAAAAGAACAUGGCUGUACAUCAGGUUGCAGAAAUCUGGUGUACCAGGGGGUGAGGAUGUAUAUUACUGUAUAUUACUGUGCAUUAUUUAUUCGUUUGCCUAUUAUAUUUAUAUCCCAGCUUUCUCCCAAGUUGGGAUUCAACAUUUUGAAGCAGCAUUAUAAAAUACAAAGUAAUAAAAACAAACUAGUUAGGAACAAUAGUUUAAAAUACAUCAGAACACAUUUGGAACCAGUAAUUGAAAUCCUGUUUGUCUUGACAGCAGCCCAGUGGUCAGCACUGCCUGUACCUUAAGUUCCCAAAGGCCUGUCUGAACAGGAAGGCCUUAGCCUGCUGGUGGAAGGAUAACAAGGAGGGAGCUCAUCUAAGCUCUCUUGGGAGGAAAUCCUAUCUAGGGGAGCAGCCACAGAAGGGGCUCUCUCUCCUGUCACCACCUAAUGGGUUUCUGGUGCUGAUGGGGCAGAGAGAAGACAGCCUCUGCCAAGAAGGUGCAUUUCAGAUCUUUUGGAUGACAACGACCAUGUUGGCUGGAGCUGAUGGGAGUUGUGGUCCCAAAAACCUAGAGGGCAUCCAUUUGGCAAACACUGCAUAGCAUCUUCUGGUAUGUGAUCUCAUGUAGGUAAAAGAGUACCAUCCACCCACAACAGGCUUGGAAGAACUUGAAGUUUUUCAAAAGUUUAAAACGAACUUUUUUGGGGGGCAAGUGAUUGGACCCAGAGAGGGCAAAACAGCUCACUUAGGGUGAAAUGUACACACUGAGCAAGGAAUAAUGACUGGCUUCCGAGAAGCAGGGAAGAGAAAAUUUGGUGGUGGAAUGUAGUAUCCUGGAAGAGAGGCUGUCUGGCAGAGUCCAUACUGCAGCAUUUUGUUUCACUCUUGUAUGAAUAAUAAGAUUGGGGUAUUCACAGUAUUUUGCACAUACGCCCUCAAUAAUCCAUAGAACAGCCCAGCAAGGUUACCCAGCCUUGUUUUAUCCCCAUGUUGUAGAUGGAGAGGCUGAGAGUGACUUCCCUGAGACUCUCUGACUGAGUUCAUAGCCCAGGGUUCCCCUGGUUCCCCGCUCAUCCUAGUAGCUGCUACAGCAUUUAUGCAUGUUUGUUUGGUGGUGUUUACUCCUGGGUAAGUGUGCAUAGAUAGCAUUGCAGGCUUAAAGAUACACGCUCCAUCUUCUGCUCCACAUGGAACAGCAGCCUUGCUGAGAUCCCUUUUGCUUAUUUCUCCAUGCCAGGUAUGCCCUUCUCCUACCUGGGGACAGUCCCUGUGCCCGUGUGGGGCAGAACUCCGUGUACCUACCUCCUGCAGAGCCAGGCUGCAGGAAAGGGAAAGUCAUCCUUGUCGGGGGAGCAGACCCGAGUGGCAGUUUUGCCGACUCCUACAUCAUGGAUCUUGGUAAGGGCCAGAGUGUCAUUAGAGCAGGAAGGAAGCGUAUGAUAUGUGGCAGAAUUCAGCUUCUCAAGCAAACUGCUUUUGUUUUGUUUUUUGUAAAAAAAAAAAAGCAAGUUCCUGGUCCUCAUGGCUGCAAUGCAGUAAUUUUAGACCCUGGAUUCAUGGGGUUCUUUCUCCCUCUUUAGGUGACGAUCUGUAUUUCUUCACCAGGUUUCCAAAUGUGGUAAAUCUGCUCCACUUCCCAGUGGGGAGGAGUUGCGGUGGACCAUGUGGCCACACACUCCCCACUGGGGAGCGGGGGACUUUGUCCCCCAUAGCCCGGGGGGAUCCCGGCUACGUCAGAGCCCGACCAGCCAAUCCGCUGGCCGGUGGGGCGUGGCCGGGGACAGUUUAAAUUGAGGAGUGAGCCAGAGGACUUCCUCUUGCAUGGACAGGGCUCCCCCUUCUGGUGGUUUACUCUUACUGGACUUCCUGCACAGCGGGCAGGAGUCAGAUAUAGUCAGGUCCCAUCAAUGCCUAAGCCAAUACCUCUCACAUUCUGUAAUUCAAUAACGUUGUGGCCAAAUUUGCCCAAUAACAUAAACUUAAUAUCUGUGUCCUUGUGUGAGUUAUUUUCCAACAAGGAGGUGGCUGCAGGGUCUUGACACUCAAAAGAGCCCUGUGGCAUUUUGGUGCCCUGGACUUCUUCCAAAAAGCUCUGCCCUGAUGGUGCCAUUGCCAUAGGGGCCAAACUUGGCUCACCAGUCCACUCCAUUUGGCCCACCAGGCUAUUUUGGGAAAACCCUGCCCAUUCACCCUUUAGGUAAAGGUAAAGGGACCCCUGACCAUUAGGUCCAGCCGUGACCGACUCAGGGGUUGCAGUGCUCAUCUCGCUUUAUUGGCCAAGGGAGCUGGCGUACAGCUUCCGGGUCAUGUGGCCAGCAUGGCCAGCAUGACUAAGCCGCUUCUGGCAAACCAGAGCAGCGCAUGGAAACGCUGUUUACCUUCCCGCUGGAGCGGUACCUAUUUAUCUACUUGCACUUUGACGUGCUUUCGAACUGCUAGGUUGGCAGGAGCAGGGACCAAGCAAUGGGAGCUCACCCCGUCGUGGGGAUUCGAACCGCCAACCUUCUGAUUGGCAAGUCCUAGGCUCUGUAGUUUAACCCACAGUGCCACCCAUGUCCCACCCUUUACCUGACAGCAAUUGCAGAGCGUGCUGCUGCUUUUAGGUCCUGCUUGUGGGCUUUGCAUCGGGACACCUGGUUGGACUCUGAGCAGAGGCAGACUUUGGUAAUCUUUGGUAAUAUGGUGCACUGAGUUAUGACAAAAUUUGGCACACCGAAAUGCACCAUCUCAAUUUUGCUCUCCCUCUUUUGGCGCCCUAUGUAUGGGAAGCACCCACACUGCCCAAAAUCAGGUGCUGCUGUGAGAACAGGAUGCUGGACUAGAUGAGCCCCCUUUGGCCUGAUCCCACUACCAGGCUCUUAUGUGUCUUUCUGGCUCCCAGAUGCACACUGCUGGACAGCACCUGCCUGGCGGGGUCUCUUGCCGCGGUAUGAGCAUGCCACCUUCAUUCCCACAAGCUGGCCCACGAGCCUCUGGGUGUUUGGAGGAGCCAGUGAAACUGGGAACAGGAAUUGUGUGCAAGUUCUGGACCUCCGUGAGUAUUAGUUAUUUCCUUUUCAUUUUAUUACUUCUUGGAGUAUUUUUUUUUUAAAGAUUUCAAACAUGCAGCUGUCCAAUUUCUAAAUUUAUCCAUAUCCAAUAUUUGCAUCCCACUAUCCCACCAAGGAGCUCAGAGCAGCAAAUAUAGCUCUCCUGAGAAUGGUUAUCCUCACAACAAGCCAUUGAGGUAGGUUAACCUAGGAGAGAGUGAUUGGUCCAAGUUCACUUGGCCUUAGUCAGGGGGUUGAACUCUAGUUUCUCAGGACUUAGUCCAACAAUCUUACCACUACACCACACUGGCUAUCUGUUAGAUGAUGAAAAUAACAAUAAAACUUAUUUCAGAGUGGUAGCUGGGUUAUCAUACUGCAGCAAAAACAACAGUAUAUUGUGUCACCUUCUAUAUCUAAUAAAUUUAUUAUGGCAUCAGCUUUUGCUUCUUUAGAUGCAUGAAGUAUUAUCCUGAGUUACUGCACUGGUGGGUCAGAAGGUGGAAUUGUGAGAUCAGAAGGAAAUAAUAUGUAGAGAUGGUGAUAAUUGUGUUUUAACAGUUGCCAUUGACAUACACACAAAAUAGUUGGUUUAUAACAUCCUAACAUCCAAGCCGUUGGUCAGCAAACUGGCACAUGUAAUUUGAUUUAAAACCCGCAAAAUGUUUCAAUUCAGUCCCUAACUUAUAGCACUAAAUCUCUUGAGGAACUACAGUUCAGUAGUUUCAAGUUCUAGUUUCUCUUUGACAUUCCUUUGAAUCAAAGUACCAUUAAAUUAGCCUUGCAUUUAAGCACUUGCCUGGUAACCAAAGGGGACUAGGAAUUCCAUUUCUUUCUUCCACAUGUGACAUGUAAUUUGCACCUGCCCUCAUUUUCUGUGCCUAUAACUUACUUGUGUGCAAUCCCCAAUUUUUCAAUAUUCUAGCUUAGCUUACAAAUAUUUUUGUUUUCCAUGUUAGAAGCUGGAACGUGGAGGAGCCCUAAGGUGAGCGGCACUCCACCGUCCCCUCGGACUUAUCAUACAUCCUCAGCAGUGAUUGGGGACCGUUUAUAUGUAUUUGGAGGAGGCGAUAAAGGGGUGGAUCCAGUCAAAGACCAGCAGCUUCACAUCUUUGACUCUGGUAAGCUUCCUCUGCUCCUGUGCAGAUAUUUCCCAAACCAAAUGUUUAGCUGAUUCCCCUGGGCCUGGCAGCAGAUGGAGCAAAGUAGGAGUUGAAUCCUGUUAGUCCUACUUAGAGAAAACCCGUUGAAAUGGAUAAACAUGACUAAUGUAGGCCUUUUAACCCUAUGUGUGGGAAGCAGGGAGCAAGGCCGUUGAGGUAGCUGUUGCUUCAUCUUAAUACAUUUCUCUCUUGCCACCUGUAGCCACUCUGACAUGGCUGCAACCAGAAGUUCGGGGCGACCCUCCUGCUCCUCGACAUGGCCAUGCCGUGGUGGCUGUUGAGAACAGGCUCUACAUACAUGGCGGAUUGGCUGGUGAUACCUUUUUUGAUGAUCUCUUCUGCUUUGAUACAAGUAAGUACUCAGUGGUGCAAACUUUGUGAAAAGGGAUUAUUAUCUUCCCACCUUGCCUUAAAAAAAUAACAACCCAUAGAUCUUUAGAAGCCACACAUUAUAAAGCCUUAAAGACUAAGGAUGUAAGAAAUACUGUAGGAUCCUGAUUACAGUUUCCACCUGCAGGCUGUGUUACUACAGAAUUGUGGUACAGCCUUAAGAGGUGGUGUGGGGUAGUGGGUAACAUUUGACAAGAUCCAGGAAGACGAGGAAUCAGAUCCCCACUCAGAUCUCUCUGGGUGACCUUAGGUUAGGCAUAAUCUCUCAGCCUAACCUACCGUGCAGGUUGUGAGGAUACAAGGGAGGAAAAGGGAGGAUAACCGUGUAUGCUGCCAUAAGUUCCUUUAUGGAAAGGCAGACAUUAAUGUGAAAAAUAAAUUCUAAAUACCAUUUAGCCUUCCUUUGAUUCCUAUUUUACAGGCAUUUCCCAUCUGUUUAAGCCCCCAAUAAUCUUUGCUGUCAUUAACAGCUAGAAACUUAACAUUGAAGUAACUGUCCCAAACUCUUUACCAAAUUCAUUUUCCUGUUGCAGAAUCGCAGAAUGUGCAUGCAGCCCUGUUAUGUGUGUUUCAAGCUCAGUUUGCUUAAGCUUUGCACCUGAUGAGCACUGAUGUGGAUUGGUUUAAUGUGCUUGCAGCUGAAAUGAAGUGGGAGACCCUGUCAGCUACUGGAUCUGUACCAGCAGGGCGGGCAGCCCACUCAGCAGUUGUGUUUCAGGGCCAUUUGUAUAUAUUUGGUGGAAUGGACCCAACUGGAGCACUGGACACAAUGUAUAAAUAUCACAUAGGUGGGUGUUUCUUAUGAUAUCUUUGCUUAGCUUCCAUUGGGAACAUUAUACUGGGGAGUCCUCUUUGUGUAUGUGCCAUUGCCAGCAAUUUUGAGAUGGCAGCCCCAGCCAUGUAACCUCCCCACAUGACAACCUUAUCUGAAGCUAGUAGUGGCUGAAGCUGAUGGGAGCUGUAAUCCAAAACAGAGAGUGCUUAUGUGGCCUCUGAUUAUGUAGUGUGACUCCCCCCGCCCCGGAUUAUAAACACUGUCACCACAUACUAAAGGGAGUAGAGCUCACCUGUUGCAUGAAAAAGGUCCCAGGCUUAGUCCCUUGAGUCUGCAGUUUUUAACAAGAUAGAGAAGGAGGAGCAUCAGGGAACAAGGGAUAUUGAAACAGAUCUGCUUGCAACCCUGGAAAGUUGUGGUCAAUUCAGAGUAGGCACACCUGGGCUACGUGUGCAAAAGAAAUCUGAUGUGGAAAAAGGCAGAUUCAUGUUUAUCAAAAGCAUCUAUAGCUCAGUGAAAGAGCAGGUGUUUUGCAUGCAGAAAGGUCCCAGGCUUAAUCCCAAAUAUUCUCCAGUUAAAAGGAUCUUUUGCAACAGGUGAUAGGAAAGGGGCUUCUCUCUCUCCUCGCUCACUAGUGGAAACCUUGAGGAGCUGCUCUCAGUACAGUGGUACCUCAGGUUACAUACGCUUCAGGUUACAGACUCUGCUAACCCAGAAAUAGUGCUUCAGGUUAAGAACUUUGCUUCAGGAUGAGAAUAGAAAUCGUGCUCCAGCAGCGCGGCAGCAGCAGGAGGCCCCAUUAUCUAAAGUGGUGCUUCAGGUUAAGAACAGUUUCAGGUUAAGUACGGACCUCCGGAACGAAUUAAGUACUUAACCCGAGGUACCACUGUAUUAGGCAGCAGUGGGCUAGAUCAGGAAUAGUACAUAAUUUAUUAUUUUUACCCAACCCAUCUGAACUUGUGACUCUGCAAUAUGUUGCUGAACCCCCACCCUUGGCCAUGCUGGUUGGAGCUGAUGGAAGUUAGGAAUCCAACAGCAUCUGGCAGGCUAGGAGUUUCUUACUCCUGGUCUAGAUGGGAAUAGUUUUAAUGUGCCUAAGAGCCGCUCAGUGUUUCAGUGUUCCAUAACACCCACAAGAGCCCAUCUGGUCUAAAUAGCCCCACAUACUGUUCUCAGUCAGGAGCCUGCAAGCAGGAAUUGUGCGAAACUGCAGUCUCCCCUUUUUGAUUCCAAACAACUGGUUUGCCAUAUCCUCCAAGAAUCUUUCUUUGCUGCUUUUAAAACCAUACAGCUGGCAGCCGUCACUAUUCACAUGUAUGUCACUUAAAAUGUUAAGAGGGAAAAGAGAUUCCCAAUAUUUCCACUCCCUGUAGAAGCUUCAGGUCUAAUUUUCCAGCUCUCUUCAAGAUUGACAAAUAAUGAUGUUUUAAUUUACAAGAAGCUGCUGCUUCCCCCCCCUUUUUUUGCAUAGUUUUCUAUUUAUUUAUUUUUAACUGCAGAAAAGGGACAUUGGACAAAGUUGGAGUUUAAAACUCCUGUGCCUUCUGCUCGUCUGGACCAGUCUAUGUGUGUUGUUCCAUGGAAAGUGUCUUCCAGUGAGGACAGCAACAGGAAGGAAGGAGCUGGGGGCUCCAAUGGAGACAAUCUAUCUCAAGGCUGCCCAGAUGAACACUUGUGCUUAGUGUUUGGUGGAAUGGAUAUUAAAGGGGAAAUCUACAAAGACAGUGCUGUAACUCUUCUUAAGUAAAAUGUUUUAAAUAAAUGUUUAAUAAUCUA